UGCCAAAAUAAAUAUAGAAUUUGAGGUUAUGUUAUGAAAAAAAAUCACGUACUUAUUGGAAUUUUAUAAAUAAAAGUACUAAAUAAUAUUAAAAUAGUGCAAAGAUGAAUUUACUACGAAAAGGAAUUUCGCUGUUAUCUAUUGGAUUAAGAAUCCAAUGCCCUGCUUAUAGUGCUACACCCACACAAUCUAUAAUCCGUCGAGUGGCACCCACAACAGACUUCCUAACCGGCUCUAAUCUCCAAGCAACAUCAGUGUUGUCGAGAACGAUGGCAUCCCUCGCGCAGAUGCACAAAACGGGUCCACAUAUCAAAAAGAGAAAAUCAAGAAAUCCGCUCAAUGGAAAUCCUUUCGCCAAGGGUGUGAUACUAAAAACCUUGAUCAGAAAACCCAAGAAGCCGAACUCCGCUAACCGUAAAUGCGUGCUCGUGCGUCUCUCCAGCGGGCGAGAGAUGAUCGCCUACGUGCCGGGCAUCGGACACAACCUGCAGGAACACAAUAUCGUGCUCGUUAGAGUCGGCAGAGUUAAAGAUUGUCCCGGUGUGAAGCUGAAAUGCGUCCGAGGUAAAUUCGACUUGCCGCACGUCAUCAAGCAGAAAGUAUAGUAGUCUGUUAUAUCCAGUUGUGUAAGGUUAUUUGUAGCGAAAUAAAUCUAGUUUAAGUACA